CCUUUGUGGAAUGACGUCUUAAAAUAGAUGAAGUAGACGUUCACGUGUUCUUGUUUGCAAACAAGGUGGUUUUAAACAAAGAGAAAAUACUCUUAAGGAAUCGAACUCUCAACAGUAUAACCGAAUUAGAACUUCGCAAUUAUGGUUCUUAGAGGCUGUGUCAGAAGUCGAACUACUACAAUGAAACAAUACCACUAACUACUGGUUAAGCUUGUUGUAUGAUCUAUAUCUGAGAUUGUGAAUCAAGAUCACACACGUUACCAUGGCAAAUGAGUAUGACAUCAUCAGACUGUAUAACCCUCCACAUACGUGUGGGGACGGCAGGUGCGAUAACUCGUUCAUGGAAUUUAUUUACUGCGUUGCUGUUCCUGCGGCUGUUGUGUUGCUGUUGCUGAUGGUUCUGGCGAUAGUCAUGUGCUGUAACUCGAAAUCAUGCAAGUGUAAAAAGAAACAACAGGUCGACGAUGGCAAUGACAUACAGCUGGAGAACUACAACUCUAUCCGGCGGGCGUCGGUCAGCCUGCGGUACAUGUCACAGCACCGCGAGACGCCCCUGAUGGGGAGCAGGGCGUGUUCCAUGACCUUGGACAGGUCAAACAGGCGAAACAACAGGGCGCGAGAUUCGUGCUACUCGGCGCCAGGAACUUUACAGAGACAAGUCCGAAACCGGCCAGUUGACCAAUCAGGACUGUCUGGCAGCGAUGACCGAAACCGGCCAGUUGACCAAUCAGGACUGUCUGGCAGCGAUGAAAUGGACAACAGGGCUAUCACAUUACACCACCAGAGACGGAGCCAGCUCGCUGAUACACCCAACACACCACCUCCCCCCGCCUACAGUACACAUUCAGAUUUUCCUUUUCUAGGAACGGAUCUAAGUUCAAAUCGACCAGCAAGUUCUCAAUAUGACGAGAGCCCAGUCCACGAUUACAAUGGGACGCAACCGCUCCUGUUUCACCGUACCAACGAGCAAUAAGUCCUAGAACUAGAUCUAAUUAUUUUUAAAUAAAAAUUGUAUUUUUCAGA